GUUAGAAACGGGACGAAAAGUUAGCUCGACUAAGACAGCCGCAUUUAAAGUUUAGCUACGUGAAACGCGGCGCACCUAUUAUUGUUAGUUAUAUACUUUUGUUCGCUUUGAUUGUUGAGUUUGAAAGUUUUUGUGGAUAUAUUUACGAACAAUUUCUUGUUUAGGAUAACCAUUUUUGUUUGAAAAAAUGGGAGAAACUGCUAAUAACAAUACUCAGAACACAGCAGACUACUUAGCGCAGCUACUUAAGGAUAAAAAACAGCUCGCAGCUUUUCCUAAUGUAUUUUUGCAUCUUGAACGAUUACUGGAUGACGAGAUCAACAAAGUUCGAAACAAUUUGUUCCAAGUUAAUGGGUGCAAGAAAGAGCCUUUGAUUCUGCCAGAUGCCGAUGGACCCAUCAUAGCACGGUCCGAGAAAGUAUAUGUGCCAGUGAAAGAUCAUCCAGAUUACAACUUUGUGGGAAGAAUUCUUGGCCCUCGAGGCAUGACAGCCAAACAACUUGAGCAAGAAACAGGCUGCAAAAUUAUGGUCAGAGGAAAGGGUUCUAUGAGGGAUAAAAAGAAGGAAGAGCAAAAUAGAGGAAAACCAAAUUGGGAGCAUUUGAAUGAUGAACUUCAUGUUCUGAUUACUGUUGAGGAUACUAGUAAUAGAGCUGCUGUAAAAUUACAGAGAGCAGUUGAAGAAAUAAAGAAGCUUCUUAUUCCAGUUACUGAAGGAGAAGAUGAGCUUAAAAAACGCCAGUUGAUGGAAUUGGCUAUUAUCAAUGGAACAUACAGAGAUAGCACAGGAAAGAAUAAUAACAUAUACAUGUUUUUGACAGAACCAGAGGCAACUAGACUACUGGCUCCUCCCAUGACUGCUAUUUCUAAUCCUCUUCGUACUGCAGGUGCUCCAUUGGGUGCCCCACUUAUACUUUCAUCCCGUAUCCCAGUUCCCACAACAGCUACUCUUUUGAAUGGUAACGCACCACCACCCCUUCUGUCGCCUGCUGAUGCCGGCCUUCUCUAUGCCACAUAUGGAGAUUACCAGCAUUAUGCUGCCCUAACAUCGCCUCUGCUUGCAGAGUACCCUCAUGCAGAGCAUUCAACUACUGGUGCUGUUAAGCAAAGGAGAAAUUUGGGUUUGCGAGAGCACCCUUAUCAACGAUCUGGGUCACUUACUUAAGUGUUCAAGCCUUUGAAACUCCACACCACAUCACCACCUGAACUGCAAGAGUACUAACCCACCCACCUGUGAAAAUACCUCCUGACGAUGCAGGUCUCGAUCAAGCUUCUAUCGCACGGUCCUAUUCGGUCACGAAGGACGGUCCAUACUUACUUGUAGUGCACUCUGUCCCUAUCUUGUUGCCUUGCAAGGAUAAUCAACUAACCAACUUUCCUGCCGUGAUCAAUAUUUCACAGAACCAAGUGAAUAACCAGGUGAUUUGAAGAACAAAGUUUGCUAAUUAUUACUUAACAUCUAAUGCUGCUCUCUGUUAGUGUCUGUUCUUCUGGCCUUGUUCUUUUUCGAGUGUCACAUCUGCAUGGAGGAUAUUUUUUUUAACUUGUUCUGUUAAAACAUUUUUGCUAGUAAUGAAAGGCAUUACAGAAAUUCCUUCCAAAAUUGAUCUCUUUAGUGUUCAGGUAAAGGUUCUGUGUAAAACAAAUUAAUCCAAAUUUAUUAAAUGUUUUUCAAAUGCACUAAUUUGACAAACAUGCUAAGCUUAAUAGUCAUUUAAAAUGCAUUUUAUUUCAUUGAAAUUUCCAGUUUAUAUUAUACGUUUUAUUAAAUGCAUACAAUUUUUGUCCCAUAGAAUAUUAUCUGGCUGGAAGGAAUUUUCGAAAUGCCUUUCUGCAGGCAGAUUUGUAUAGAUGUGCAGCUGUUCAUUUUAAUGUUUCUAAGGCCAUUGCCUACUUAGUUUUUGAGGGGAAAGAAAACAUUCCAUGUCCUUAGUGCUGCCAAAAAUAAUUGUCUUAAGUUAAUACCAAGAUUCAUAAAAAAGUGCAACUUAAUAGACUUUGAGCAUUUAAACGAAAUGUUUGAUAUUUUGUGUUUUUGCGUGUGAAAUUUAAAGUUUCUAUAUUUUUGCUUAAUUUUGCUUCUUUUGCUGUGAAAAAUAUUUACUUAAAAUAUGUAAAGAUUUCCUUAAGUUACGUGCUGUUCAGAAAUAUUAACUGAGUUUUAAUUGAAUAUAAAUUAUUCUGAAGAAGAGAAAAAACAAAACUUUUGCUGUACCUGAAUUUAAAUCAUGUGGGUUAGGAAAUGUUGUGUGUGGAUAAAGAGCAGCUGUGUACUUAGAUCACAUGUGCAUUUACUACUUAAUAUUGUACAUUUUUUUAUUGUUUUGUAAAGUUGCUUAAUAUGAAGUAUAUGUUUUAGUAAUAUACUUAAGUUCUUAAAAUGAUGUUCAUCAAAUAAUUUGUUGCAUCUGGAAUUUUAUUUUUUUGAAAUAAGGGGAAAGAUUUUAUUUUUAUUCACUUAUUCAGAUUGUGGUGCUUCAGUUUCUAAUGCGUAAUAAUUAAUGCACUGUUUUAUUCUUGUAAUUUGAGAAAUUAUGGCAUAAAAUGUGCAAUAUUUGCCUCUUAAAUCUGAAAUUGUCAUAAUAGUGAAUAUACUGAUCUACAUACGUAAUGACCAGCAAUCCAUUUAACAUAAUUAGAUGUGUUCACAUAUCGUGCCUUCUUUAUAUAUAAAUUUUUUAUUUGUUUGGCCUAGAAUUACAGACUGUUAAGUACACAACCUUAUGUGUGUGAGAAUCUCGAUUUGAUCUUUCUCUUUUAUUGUACUUAAUUAUUGUUUAUUUUUCUUCAAUGUCAAAGAACAUUUUGUGGUUGUGGUGAUGUUUGACAUUUUUCUGUCAUUUUUCAUUUAUUGUAAGUGCCAAAAGAUAUUCAUAAAUUUAAGGUUAUUCAUAUUGUUUAUAUUUUAAUGGCCAUAAUACAGAAAUGUGUUUUCAAAAUAAGUUUCAUUUUCUGCUGGUUAAAAAGAUGGGAUUUAGCAACCUAAGUUUAAGAUGAGAUUUAACAAAAGUUUGGACACAAAAUUUUAACGUUUGAUCCAAAAAGAAAUAAUUUUGCAGUUAAUACAUUUUAAUACUAUUGAAAUUUUUAAUGGUGUAUUUAAAAAAUUAAUCUAUUUGAUUAAAAUUUAUGAAUGUAUUUUCAAAUCUGUUGAGAAAUAAAACUGAAUUAUUUUUUAAUUUUCCAUAUAUAUAUAUAUAUGCAUAGAUAGAGAAAACAUUUUUAGGUAAUUAUGGCCAUUCAGUCUGAACCAUGCUAUUGGAUUGUAUGUUACAUUGUGGGUUGCUCUCAAAUUGUGACAUUUGGACAUUUUAGAAUCUCAUUUAAAUGCAUGCAUUUAGCAUGCUUAUUUAUGGUGCUAUAAGUGCCUUAUCGCCAUAUACUGUGACAUUUUGUAUUGUAUAGUUUCUAAAGAAUUUUUAUAAUUGGCAUUUUUCAUUGACGGGUGUUGGCCUCUAUGUGCUCAUAAGAGCAAGAUGCUCUUCAUUCGUUACAUUAUGCAGAUCCACAAUUGAUAUGUUAUAUUGGAAUUUAUCUUGAAAGUAGUUACACUACUGUUGUUAAAUGUUUUAUGUACUUAAACUGUUUUCAUAGCAAUAAAGAUCAGUUUCUGUAA